AUGGGCGCUCGGCCUGGGCCUGCAGUUCCGGCAAAUGUCCUCACCAAAGCGUUUUCGGAGUUUCUCACCAAAUGUUUCGGUGGCUCCGCGUGGCUUGCCGAUGUCAAGCCUGACGAUCUUCAACAGUUUGCAGGUGCGGCAUGGGCUCUGGAUUCCGGAGCCAGCCAGUUCUGCAUCAUGGGCGACAAUGCCGACGAUGCCGUUUGGGAGACAAUGCAAAGUGCAGACUGCGAUAUCGACACAGGCGCUGGCACGGCUCGGCCAACAGCUACUAGUAUGGUGGAUGCCAUGGUUCCGCAUCUCGGGCAUCGCUCGGCUAUGGUGAUGCCGGACUCUAAAAUCAACAUGGCGUCGAUGGGCGAAACUUGCGCCGAGCUGGGGUAUCAUUUAUACUGGCCCGCAUGGUCUGAGCAGCCAAAUUUCUGGCGCGACGGUGUUUCCAGCGAGGUGCCGCUCACCAUGGUCAAUCGCGUCCCGUUUCUAUUGAGCGCAGUCGAUGCUGGUCCAGCAAGCUUGAGUGAGGCUGCAAGCGACGCAGACUUGAACGAUUUCUUCGCUCACAUGUUUCGGGAGUUCUGCUUGACGCGGAUCAACAUUGCUUGGCUCACUACCCAAAGGACCCCACCUGCGAAGUGUGCUUGCCAGCAAAAAUGUGUCGAGCUCCAGCGGCUCGCAAAAAGCAAGCUGUCGAAGAUGACAAGCACACAGCUCGAGUUCACGGGGAACGAAUUCACUGUGAUCUUGUCGGCUUCCGAAGCCGCUGCCGCUUUCGACGACAUGUAUGGGAACCAGUCAGUGUCUUCAGUCCGGACGGACAAUGGUGGCGAGUUCCAGGGCGAGUUCGCCGCCAAACUCAAGGAACAUGAGAAGUUUGCAUCUCGUGGACGGCUUGGUGUGGUGUUGGGGUAUAGCCGCUUGCAGUCAUACUACGUCCUGGAUUUCGAACAUUACGUCGAGACGACGGGCGAGGCCCGGAUUGUGCACACACGUGAUGUGCGCUUCUCCCCUCAGGUGCGCUGGCCAUUUCACGAGCUGGGCAUGGACAACCCUGAUGCGGCAUACUGGGCCCAACGUUGGUUCGAGCCGGAGGUGUUGCAACCAACGCCCGUUGCUGGAGAUGACGACCGAUGUGUGCUUUGCGGCUUGUGGGCCACUGAUGCGGACAUCCACUGCCGUGGAUGUUUGUUUGGCGGUGGUCGUCGUCGGCAUGUGGAUGGUCCCGGCUGCCUUCGCGCUCGAUGUGGUGGUCAUGCGUUCCUUGACGUUCAGCCCCCUCCGGACUCGCCCGAGACGAGCAUGGACUAUUCCCCAAGCACUCCACGCAGCCGUGAUGGGGGCGUCAUCGACUCCUCCAUGGAUUCGUCAAGCUCCAGGUUUUCGACAUCGCAUGACGCACACGAUGAUGAUGACAUGGGCCCACCGCCUGACGAUGAAGGCGAUGGACGUUGCCAUACGGAUGCCUCGCCACGCAGGCCGCGCUGGCGAGGGGACUUGUUCGCUGAUGCACAAAUGCCUCCCGAACACAAUUAUGGCCCUUAUUUCGAUGACAGCAUGGAUAGUGAGUGGCCUAGUGCCGCCUCGCCCCGACUUAGCGCCAUCAACUCCGCUGUCAAACCGGGUUGCCGCCGAUCUUACAUCUUCGUCCGGGCGAUCUCGGUCCCACCGCGGGUCGCAUCCAUCGGAUGCGGACUCGGAGUUGGAUCACACCCAUCAGAUGCGGAUUCGGAGCGAUCCAGGCCGGCUUCCAGCAGCCACAAUCGGACCAGCACGGAGUUACGGUCAGACGGCAUACACAGUUCGGACGCUGAUUCGGAGAGAUCGCAGCAACCAACCAAUGAUCGCGACAAUGCAGCUAUUUCCUCCACGGGGACGUUUGAAAGCGAUCGAUCUAAGCUCAGCACAAUUGUUCGUGGUGGGACGGUUCUCACAACGCCUGCAGCACUUAGGUUUGAACAGGAGCUGGACAAGCUGACAACUGAGCUGGGGAAGAUGUUCGCUUGCGUCACCAAGAUCGUCAAACGAAGAGAUCCAGAGUGGGACACAAACGCUGCGCGUGAAGCUAUCCGCAAAGAGGCGGCAAACCACGCGUCGAAGCGGACUUGGGAAACCGCUGUGGCCAAGUACGGCCCUGAUGUGGAGUACGUGCAGGCAAACCUCAUCUUGGGGAUCAAGCAUUACGAACUCGAUCAAUCCCAGCACCGAUUCAAAGCUCGCAUAGUCGCACUCGGGGACAACGUUCGCGACACUUGUGGGGGAAGACCAAUUGCACGGUCGACCCAUCACGCUUGA